AAACCCUAACUUCUUAUUCCAUCAUCAUCAUCGUCAUCAUCACCAAUCCUUUAACUUCUUACAUUUUCUUUUUAACUACUUUCAUAGUAAAGUAUCACAAGAUCAUAUAUACAAACAGAAUGGAGAUUAUAUCGAAAAUGGUGUCGGAAAAGCCCGUGGUGAUAUUUAGCAAAACCACGUGUUGCAUGAGCCACACGAUCAAGUCCCUAAUCACCGAUUUUGGCGUCAACCCCACCGUAUACGAGCUCGACGAUAUCCCCAUGGGCCGGGACAUCGAGGACGCCAUCUCCGCCCUCGGCUGCAACCCCGCCUCCCCCGCCGUCUUUAUCGGCGGCGAGUUCGUCGGCGGGGCCAAUGAGAUCAUGAGCCUUCAUCUCAAGAGAACACUUAAGCCUAUGCUCAAGAGAGCCGGCGCGCUCUGGCUCUAAAUUAAAUAUUUUUUUUUUCAACGCACAUUAUGAAUAAGAUACAAAUUUUCUUGCAUAAUUUAGUGGACAUUGUAAUGUGUUUUAGAGAGGUUCGGAAUAUUAUGAUGAGCUGUCAGAAUAUGUAUAUAUAUAUAUGGAAUGAGGUCGAAUAUCUCAUUUGCAUAUAUAUAUAUAUAUAUAUAUGUAUGUAUGGAGAGACAAUGAGAGCUAGGUUUUUCUAGCAUUGUCAGUUUGUAUACGUUUUUUUUAUGGUAAUAAAGUUGGAAUUAUAUAUAAA